AUGGCAAAAAAGCAUCAACGUCGCGAAGCUCAAGAUGAUGUUAAAAAGUGGCUACAUGAACAUCCUCCUUCCUUAGAAACAAAAGGUGAUCCGUUUGUUGGACAGGUGAAUGACCUGGUUGCACAUACGUGGACAUAUCUUGGACAUGUUGUCCAGAGAACCGCAACAAAUCAGCGCGGGUCACGAGUAAAGCAAAAAAUUGAGGCAACAAAGGCUCAAAGGAGCAAGAUAACAGCAGAACUGAUGAAAGCAGUCGUUAAUGCAGCCUCCGACACACAGAAGGCAAGGGUUGUACAGUUGCAUAAUGAAAUCGAACCCUUGGAUGAGUACAGUAGUGAACGUGGCAAAAAGGAAAAGGAAAUACAACGGAUCUUUCUUGAAAUUUCCGGGAAGAUUGAGGGGUCUGACGGGAUAUAUGUGGUGAAGGAGUACCUUACACCAUUUUUGAAAGAGAGUGAAAAGGACGAUCUAGACGAAAAUGAUGAGGAGUGA